AUGCCUCAAAGAAGGCAAUGUCCCCAACGUUUGGAAGAACGCAAUAAUACUCUAGCUUUACAAGAAAGGGGACAAAACGGACUUUUCCUGCCCAUCAUCUACAAGGUGUCCUCCCAUAUUAUUCUUAGCAGGCUGCUCGGAAUGUUGAACCUCUAUAUACCAAAAGAACAAUCUGGCUUCCGGGAAGGAUUUUCUACAAUUGAUCACACUCAGGUUGUCAGCCAACUGCGAAAGAAGGCUAACGAAUGCAAUAUCUUACUCUAUUUUGCCUUUGUUGACUGUGAGAAGGUAUUCAACUCCAUAGAAUUCACACCGCUCCUUACAACACGGAAAAAUCAAGCACUGGACCACGUCUACAAUUCAAUACUGAAAGAUCUUUACAGCGGUGCAGCAACAUCGACCCGCACCCAGGUUCUACCAAGAUACACAACAGACUUUUAA